AUGUCCGAUUUUAUGGAUGAUCCAUUCCAGAUGGAUGAAGAAAUACCUUCUAAGAAAGACCCUAUACCGUCUGAGGAGAGAUCUUUACCGAUUCCUGAAACUGCUACAAUAGGCAGGGACAUAUCUCCCCUGUAUCCAACCCCACCAAAUAUUCACUACGACAAUAAAGUGAUACGGUCAAAAUUGGACCAACUAAAACUAGAGGAGAAUACUGGAGGUACCAAUACUACCACCGAAGAAGAAGGGGAAAAAUACGAAGAAGAUAUUGAUGACAAGUUGGAUAUGUCCUUACAAGCGAAAUUAAGAUUGGAGUAUGAGAAUUGUUUAGAUUAUGAUAAACCAUUAACCCCACCAGAGAAUUUUGCCCCGGUGAUAAAUAAAAUCUAUAGAUCCUCAUUCCCACAACCAAAUAAUUUUGCUUUUUUGAAGAAAUUAAAAUUGAAAUCUAUAUUAUGUCUUAUACCAGAAGAUUAUCCCCAUUUACAACAAGAAUUUAUUAAAAAUGAAAACAUUAAAUUAUUCCAACUUGGAAUGUCAGGUAAUAAGGAACCAUUUGUGAAAAUAUCAGCAGAUUUGAUUACAGAGGCAGUAAAGAUAGUGCUAAACCCGGAAAACCAACCAAUUUUAAUUCAUUGUAACCGUGGCAAACAUAGAACAGGUUGUCUUGUUGGAGUGAUUAGAAAACUACAAAACUGGUCGUUGACACUUAUAUUUGACGAAUAUAGAAAAUUUGCAUGUCCCAAGGAACGUCCCAUGGAUCAACAAUUUAUUGAACUAUAUGACGAUACGGAAAUUUUAGAGCAUUGUUAUGAAUAUGAUUUGUUGCCAUUGAAAUGGGAUUAA